AUGAGUUCAAAAAUACAGCCGUACCUGGGAGGCAGCUCGCUGCGGCCGCUGGGCGCGGCGCCCGCCACCACGCCGCGCUCCAUGCUGCGCACGGCCGAGAUCAUCAUCAUGCUGGUGGCGCUGUUCCUGGUGUCGUGGACGCCCUACGCAGUCGUCACGCUCAUCGGCCAGUUCGGGGACAUGCGCCUCGUCACGCCCUGGGUGGCCGCGCUGCCCGCCUUCUUCGCAAAGGCGAGCGUGGUGUACAACCCCAUCGUGUACGGGCUGUCGCACCCGCACUUCCGCGCCUCGCUCAAGCAGUACCUGUCGUCGUGCCAGGGCGCGCGCAGCAGCGUCAGCACCAUGUCGAUGGCGGCGGUUCGCGAGGGCGCCAGCGCCCCGGGUGCGCGGCGCGCGGCGCUGGGGGCGGGGCCGGGGNNNGUGCGCUGCCCGCGCCGCCUGCACAGCACCGACGGGCCCAGCGUGGGCCGCCCCGUGUGCUCCCUGCGGCGCCCGCCGCCCGCCCACGCCGCACCUGAUCCCGUUGACUGCGAGGUACGACCUCGGGGUAUUGUAGUCACAAGCAUCCUCUCCGCCGCUGCGCCCGCGCUCCCUUUGGACAUGCCACCGUCGGGUGGGAGAGUGGGGGCGUGGGGUUAA